CUGAUGGACUCAACCACAGCGACAGCGGAGCUGGGCUGGAUCGUGCAUCCUCCAUCAGGGUGGGAAGAGGUGAGUGGCUACGAUGAGAACAUGAACACGAUCCGCACGUACCAGGUGUGCAAUGUGUUUGAGUCGAGCCAGAACAACUGGCUACGGACCAAGUUCAUCCGGCGCCGCGGCGCCCACCGCAUCCACGUGGAGAUGAAGUUCUCGGUGCGUGACUGCAGCAGCAUCCCCAGCGUGCCCGGCUCCUGCAAGGAGACCUUCAACCUCUAUUACUAUGAGGCCGACUUUGACUCGGCCACCAAGACCUUCCCCAACUGGAUGGAGAAUCCAUGGGUGAAGGUGGACACCAUCGCGGCCGACGAGAGCUUCUCGCAGGUGGACCUGGGUGGCCGAGUCAUGAAGAUCAACACGGAGGUGCGGAGCUUUGGGCCUGUGUCCCGCAGUGGCUUCUACCUGGCCUUCCAGGACUAUGGUGGCUGUAUGUCCCUCAUCGCUGUGCGCGUCUUCUACCGCAAGUGCCCCCGCAUCAUCCAGAAUGGCGCCAUCUUCCAGGAGACCCUCUCGGGGGCCGAGAGCACCUCGCUCGUGGCUGCCCGGGGCAGCUGUAUCGCCAACGCCGAGGAGGUGGACGUGCCCAUCAAGCUCUACUGUAACGGGGACGGCGAGUGGUUGGUGCCCAUUGGCCGCUGCAUGUGCAAAGCGGGCUUCGAGGCGGUGGAGAAUGGCACAGUCUGCAGAGGUUGCCCAUCUGGAACCUUCAAGGCCAACCAAGGGGACGAGGCCUGCACGCACUGUCCUAUCAACAGCCGGACCACCUCAGAAGGGGCGACCAACUGUGUCUGCCGCAACGGCUACUACAGAGCAGACCUGGACCCCCUCGACAUGCCCUGCACAACCAUCCCCUCGGCGCCCCAGGCGGUGAUCUCCAGCGUCAACGAGACCUCGCUCAUGCUGGAGUGGACCCCGCCCCGCGAUUCAGGGGGCCGCGAGGACCUGGUCUACAACAUCAUCUGCAAGAGCUGUGGCUCGGGCCGGGGCGCUUGCACCCGCUGCGGGGACAACGUGCAGUAUGCGCCCCGCCAGCUGGGCCUGACCGAGCCGCGCAUUUACGUCAGCGACCUGCUGGCCCACACGCAGUACACCUUCGAGAUCCAGGCGGUGAACGGCGUCACCGACCAGAGCCCCUUCUCCCCUCAGUUCGCCUCCGUGAACAUCACCACCAACCAGGCGGCUCCCUCAGCCGUGUCUAUCAUGCACCAGGUGAGCCGCACUGUGGACAGCAUCACCCUGUCGUGGUCCCAGCCUGACCAGCCCAACGGUGUCAUCCUGGACUAUGAGCUGCAGUACUAUGAGAAGGAGCUCAGUGAGUACAACGCCACGGCCCUAAAAAGCCCCACCAACACGGUCACUGUGCAGGGCCUCAAAGCCGGCGCCAUCUAUGUCUUCCAGGUGCGGGCACGCACCGUGGCGGGCUACGGGCGUUACAGCGGCAAGAUGUACUUCCAGACCAUGACAGAAGCCGAGUACCAGACAAGCAUCCAGGAGAAGCUGCCACUCAUCAUCGGCUCCUCGGCGGCCGGCCUAGUCUUCCUCAUUGCUGUGGUUGUCAUUGCCAUUGUGUGCAACAGACGGGGCUUUGAGCGUGCUGACUCGGAGUACACGGACAAGCUACAGCACUACACCAGUGGCCACAUGACCCCAGGCAUGAAGAUCUACAUCGACCCUUUCACCUAUGAGGACCCCAAUGAGGCAGUGCGGGAGUUUGCCAAGGAAAUUGACAUCUCCUGUGUCAAAAUUGAGCAGGUGAUUGGAGCAGGGGAGUUCGGCGAGGUAUGCAGUGGCCACCUAAAACUACCAGGCAAGAGAGAGAUCUUUGUAGCCAUCAAGACACUCAAGUCAGGCUAUACUGAGAAGCAGCGCCGGGACUUCCUAAGCGAGGCCUCCAUCAUGGGCCAGUUUGACCACCCCAACGUCAUCCACCUGGAGGGUGUUGUCACCAAGAGCACGCCUGUGAUGAUCAUCACUGAGUUCAUGGAGAACGGCUCCCUGGACUCCUUCCUCCGGCAAAAUGAUGGGCAGUUCACAGUCAUCCAGCUGGUGGGCAUGCUGCGGGGCAUUGCGGCCGGCAUGAAGUACCUGGCAGACAUGAACUAUGUCCACCGCGACCUGGCCGCUCGCAACAUCCUCGUCAACAGCAACCUGGUCUGCAAGGUGUCUGACUUUGGGCUCUCACGCUUUCUGGAGGAUGAUACCUCGGACCCCACCUACACCAGUGCGCUGGGUGGGAAGAUCCCCAUCCGCUGGACGGCCCCGGAAGCCAUCCAGUACCGGAAGUUCACUUCAGCCAGUGAUGUGUGGAGCUAUGGUAUCGUCAUGUGGGAGGUGAUGUCCUACGGGGAACGACCCUACUGGGACAUGACCAACCAGGACGUAAUCAAUGCCAUCGAGCAGGACUAUCGGCUGCCGCCCCCCAUGGACUGCCCAAGCGCCCUGCACCAGCUCAUGCUGGACUGCUGGCAGAAGGACCGCAACCACCGGCCUAAGUUUGGCCAGAUCGUCAACACGCUGGACAAGAUGAUCCGAAACCCCAACAGCCUCAAAGCCAUGGCACCCCUCUCCUCUGGAAUCAACCUGCCACUGCUGGACCGCACCAUCCCCGACUACACCAGCUUUAACACGGUGGAUGAGUGGCUGGAGGCCAUCAAGAUGGGGCAGUACAAGGAGAGCUUCGCCAAUGCCGGCUUCACCUCCUUCGACGUUGUGUCACAGAUGAUGAUGGAGGACAUUCUCCGGGUUGGGGUCACCUUGGCCGGCCACCAGAAAAAAAUCCUGAACAGUAUCCAGGUGAUGCGGGCACAGAUGAACCAGAUCCAGUCUGUGGAGGUUUGACGUUCACCUGCCUCGGCUCAUCUCUUCCUCCAGGCCCCCCGCCCCCUCCGCCCCACAC